AUGUUCCGCCUUUUCCUGAUCUAUCGCUACCGGCGCUCCGGUGGCAUCCUUCUCCUCUACUUUGGCGUCUUCCUCUUUUGGAUGCCGCACAUCAUCCUGGCCGUCACUUCCAGCGCCCUGCGCAUCCAGGGGCCGAUUGUCCUCAACGGCGUGGUCGGCUGCUUCGACAUUUCCCCCGUCCCGAUGUUCCUCUCGGCCAUGGUCACCACCUUCAAUUGCAUCGUCCUGUUUAUCUUCUCCAUCCUCAAUCGCCGGCGCAUUCGCCAAAAGUACCUCAAUGAGUACCGUCUCGUCCGAUGGCAAUCCAUUGUCACCGCCAUCUUCUACAUCCUGCUGGUGGGGCUGCAUGUUGGCAAGGUGGCUUUCGUCCACAAGCACGGCUACGCCGUGUCUCUGGUCCCGGUGGCCAUGGUGUCCAUCCUCUUCUGGGGCAUUGUCGGGCCGCCUUUCUACAAUUUCAUCUUCCAUCGUGAGGCCUAUCUGCUGGCCUUCCAUGAAACUUUCCAGUUCAAGUUUGAGCCGUACUCGCUCAAUUCCUCCUCGACCGACAACCGGUCCAGCUCGACCGCCGGCGGUCCUGGCUCCCCCGAGAGCUAUGAGCUGGCCACCCACCAGAGCACCACUUGUGAGGAGGAUCUCUUCCACAUCGAGAAGGCCGACAUCGCCGCGGCCAAUGCAAAGGCCGCCGCCGGGGUGGCGGUUGUGGCAGGCCCGGCCAUUUUCGUGCGCUCCAUCAGCCUGGACUCUUUCGAGGUGAAUCGCGAGGGCUUCACCCCGGCGGCCACGACCGGCACCGGUGGAGUGGGCCGCGUUUCCGGCAUCCCGGCCUCUCCCCGAACCUCCAUGCUCUUCCAGACCGACCCGACGCUGGACCCGCGCGUGAGCUUCAACAGCAGCGGCAGCAGCAGUGCCAGCAGCAGUAGCGGCAGCCACCCCGCUGCCAUGGGCGCCCUCCAUGGGGAGGGGAGAUCUGCCCCAUCCCCUUCGCAUGCCGUCACCACCGGCCCCCCCUUCGCCGGUCCCGACGCAGGGCCGACCCCGGUCUCGGCAUCAUCCGGCCCCGACUCCCGGACACAAGUGCUCGCCCAGGACUCGGCCGUACCGACGGUGACCCUCGCCGGUGGCCACACCCCGCCCCCCGCCGGGCCAUCGCCCUCCCUGGCUGGCCAGCCCUUCGGUGAGGGCCCCCUCACGGGGAGCGGUGGCACUCUGCUGUUGUCCGGCCAGGAGUCCGGCGAGGAGUCCGCCAAGGAGUCCGCGGGGGAAUUCACCUCGGAGGAGGACCUGUCCGAAAAGGAGCAUGCCCCCGAGCACCCGGACCCCGGGGAGGCGUCCAUGUCCUCGGAUGCCAGUGCCUCGGACUCCUCUUCCCCGCCAUCGCGCGCGUCCAGCCGCUCCUCGGAGUCGGAUGAUGCUCUUCCCCCGCUCGGGGGUCCGAAUGACGACGACACUUCUUCGGAUGAGUGA